CAGCUACUCUCAGUUCACCUCCAACAUCAUGGCAUCUUCACCAGUAGUGACGACGGCGGGCAGCGUGGUGGUGGUCACCCAUGUGAUCCCGGCACCGCAGGUUGCUGCAGCACAAAACGCUGCAAGGAACAAGCUCAGACGGGGACAUGUGGUGGCACUUGGGACGGCUCAGAUCAUGACUGGCCUGAUGGUCUUUCUGUUUGAGCUCACCAUGAUUCCAUGCACAGAUACACUGGGGAUUGUCAGCGGCGUUUUUGUCUGGGGACCUCUGUGUAGCGUCUUGUCUGGAUCUCUGACAGUGGCUGCUGAGAAGUUCAACAACUGUGCGGUUAAAGGAGCUAUGGGCUUCAGUGUUGUUGCUGCUGUUACUUCAGCUGGUGCUACGGCCAUCUACUUUCUGGAUGCUUUUGAUGUUAUCUGGAACCUCCGCUUUAAUCAUUGUUAUUACAGCUACUACAAUGGUGACAUAUAUUGGAUUCGUACCACCGCAGUUUCAGGUGUUUUGGCUGGUGUUUCCGUCCUGGAGUUCAUCAUCUCCAUCUGUGUCCUUGUGAUUGUCUGUGAUGCGUCUCGUCAGUCCAUGGAUCAGCAGCCGACUGUUAUAACCAACCAAUCACAUGAGGCUACUACACAGACGUCGACACUGCCCACGUACGAGCCCCCACCUGUCUCACAGCCCCCAACCACCAUUCCAGAGAGGAGCUUUGAGACGAUGAGACCACUGGAGUACAACAUGAUCUGACCACCUCCUCCACCUGACCCCGCCUCCUCCACCUGACCCCGCCUCCUCCAAUUGACCCCACCGACAAAAUUCUGUGUUUUAUAAAGUGAAUCCCGUCACUGAUCUAAACCAUUCGAUCAGUCAAUGAACCUGUCAAUGAGUAAUCAGUGAACUCAUCCAUUCCAGUCAGAAACAACAGCAGCUGAAGACAUUCAGAUAUUUAAUAAAGUAAAUAUUGUUUUUAAAAGUUUCCUUUCAAAUGUCAACAAAGAGAAAACAAAGUGACAGAAAAAACAACAAACAGAAAUUGACAGAAAAUAUUUACAGUUAUUGAUCAGUUAUCGAUCAGUCAUCAGUCAGGUAAGUAUCAGAGCAGCUCUCUGACAGGAGAGUUUAUUUUCUAAAAUGAUUUAAACUUUAAUGUUUGAGCUGCAACUAAAAACGACAAGCAGACUUCAGUGACCAAUGAAAUCUGCUCAGACUGACAGAAGUCUCUACGGAGUCCUGUUGGUGUCAUAAUUAAUGUGAUCAAUACUCAACACUUGCAACGGUUCACUGAUUUAAAGAAACAAAAUCCUUUAAAAUUAUUGUUAUUUUAAAA